AUGGCGCUUGCUUCCCGUCGUUUUGCUCCGGUCCUGUCCAUCCUACGGCCAGCAGCGCAUGUACCCCAAAUCAACAUACACCCAAGAACUAUCAAUCACGGACAUAUUCGCACAUUCUCAGCCUCGAUUCGAUCCUAUGCAGCUAUGGAGCACGUAUUCUCUUCCAAGGCAGUCGCGCCUAUUGGGCCAUACACCCAAGCUAUCAAAGCCAACGGCAUGAUCUUCCUGUCAGGCCAGAUCCCCGCCGACUCACAGGCUAGGCUUAUAGAAGGAACAAUUGCUGAGAAGACGCAUAAGAUGUGUCAGAACGCAAAGGCUGUUCUAGAGGAAGCAGGUUCCAGUCUCGAUAAGGCUGUUCAGAUAACGGUUUACUUUCAGAAUAUGGAUGACAUGAAGGACAUGAACGAGAUAUAUGCCGAGUAUUUCCCACACAGGCCUGCUAGAAGUGCAUGCGAGUCCCCGAGACUUCCUGCUGGUGCAAGCAUGGAGAUGGAUAUCAUUGCGUUGCAAUAG